AUGCAGCUAAAAUACCCAGCGUCCAUUCAGGCUGUUGUCGAUAACACUCCGACCUCGGUCGCGGAGCUAUUUGCCCAGAUCGAUCUUGAACUAGAGCUGGUGGCAGACCAGGAGGCUAUCACCGAGUUCGAACGGACGAGUGCCAUAUGGGCUCAACACCAGGUGCCUCUGAAUGUAGCCAAGGAUUUGCUCGACACCGCACGUCAUACUAUCCAAUCUGGCAAGUUUCCCCCGACGGAAUGCCCGAUCCCAGAACACUCGAUAUACUUCGCACAACUCGUCUUGCACGUCUUCGUUCAUUGUCUCUCAGAGUUCCAACACCAACAACUGCAUGGGGACACCGAUACCCCUAACCUCCUCCCCCACCCCAGCCGUUGGUCCACGAUCUUCCCAGCCUACCCAACCCUCGAGGCCUACCAGGACCGCUUCCUCCAAGGUCCCUCGGAUCCCUUGGUCAAAUCACACUACCUGAGCGACGAUAACAACCCCGGAAUCACCUCGUUGUUCACUCUCCUGUUCCUUGCGAUCCUUCAAGAACGGAGGAACGAUCCGUUUAAGGUGUCUAAAGAGGACAUGGAUGAGUUUCUCGCGCGCUCGGAAGUGAGGGAGUGGUUCGAUAGUCAGCCUGGAGCGGUGAGGGAGGAAUGUGAGAGGCUCAUAGGGGCUGAAAAAUCUGUCGCGAGAGAGGAGAGGUUGAGAAACGCGAGGAUUGAUCGGAAGCUUUGUCUGAAAGGGGCUAGAGAAUUAUGCUGCGUGAAAGCGGGGAAGGAGAACGACGACUAUGUAUGCUCGAAAUGCCUUUUGUGUAGACUUGGUGGUGGCCGUUAUGCAACCCAAAAUGAUGAUUGA